ACAUCUUUGUACCAAACAAACACAAAGCUUUGGUUUUAAACAAAGCUUUGGUUUCAAACAAAGUUGGUCACGUUUCCUUUACCUUCUCUUCCUUCAUCUAACCCCCCCACCUAGACCAACUUCUUUGCUUUUACAACUGCCCACAAAACAAAACCCCAUAUUUAUUUUUUAAUUUUGAACCUAGAAUUCUUGGAGUUUCUUUUCCCUUGAAUUUUCAGUUUUGCUUUUUUGCAUCCGUUUCAACCAUGUCAAGUUUGGAGGAACCCCUUGGUGUUGACAAGUUGCCAAGCAUGAGUACUAUUGAUAGGAUUCAGAGGUUCUCGUCUGGUGCUUGCCGGCCAAGAGCAGAGGAUGUGGGAAUGGGAAACUGCUGGAUUGAAGGAAGGAGUUGCAGCUCAUCCAACAGUUGCAAUGAAGAUUAUGAAAACUAUUCAAGGGAGGCAUUCCCAUGGAAAAGACAUACAAGAGACGUGUCUCAAGGUGACUCCCUCAACAAAAGGUCUUUGAGCUUAGGCCGAAAUACCUUGGUCUUUAGGAAUGUUUGUGAUUCAUGGCACAUUCCAGACCAUCAAUACAACUCUAACGGUAAUCACCAAGACAUACGACAGAUGACAAAUAAGCAGUUUUUGAAAGGUAUACCAAAUUUCGUAAAGAUAGUAGAAGUUGGUCCAAGAGAUGGAUUACAAAAUGAGAAGAAUCUUGUAUCUACUGCUGUAAAGGUCGAAUUGAUUCAGAGACUAGUAUCUUCUGGACUGUCAGUUGUUGAGGCUACAAGUUUUGUAUCUCCAAAAUGGGUACCUCAGCUAGCAGAUGCCAAGGAUGUAAUGGCGGCAGUUUGUAAUUUGGACGGUGCUAGAUUGCCUGUUCUGACUCCUAACUUAAAAGGCUUUGAAGCUGCUGUUGCAGCUGGUGCGAAGGAAGUAGCAGUAUUUGCCUCAGCUUCUGAGUCAUUUUCAAAGUCAAACAUCAAUUGCAGCAUUGAAGAGAGUCUUGUACGUUAUCGUGCUGUUACUCGUGCUGCUAAAGAGCUCUCAAUUCCUGUUCGUGGGUAUGUAUCGUGUGUAGUUGGCUGUCCAGUAGAAGGAGCAAUCCCUCCUUCAAAAGUAGCAUACGUGGCAAAGGAACUGUAUGACAUGGGUUGCUUUGAAAUUUCCCUUGGUGACACAAUUGGAGUCGGUACGCCAGGGACUGUUGUUCCCAUGCUUGAAGCUGUAAUGGCUGUUGUUCCCGUUGAAAAGCUUGCUGUUCACUUCCACGACACUUAUGGGCAAUCUCUUCCAAAUAUUCUUAUAUCCCUCCAAAUGGGGAUUAGUACGCUGGAUUCCUCUAUUGCUGGUCUUGGUGGGUGUCCAUAUGCUAAAGGAGCUUCGGGGAACGUUGCCACAGAGGAUGUUGUGUACAUGCUUAAUGGUCUAGGUGUAAAAACAAAUGUGGAUCUGGCUAAGCUCAUGUUGGCUGGGGAUUUCAUCAGCAAGCAUUUGCGUCGCCCAUCUGGUUCAAAGACUGCCACUGCCUUGAACCGAGUAACAGCCGAUGCCUCUAAGAUAUAACAAAUUACAGGUAUAUAAAUAUAUACUCAUAUAUUUAAAGCAAGGCAAAAAAGGAACCGGUCAUGUAUCCAAGAGAAGAUUUCAUAGUUACAUCUUUCAUGGCAUGAUUGCUCUGUGUAAUGCCUUGUUUUAGGAAUAAAAAAAACCAGUCAUGUAUCCAAUAAUUAUUGUUUCGGGAACAAGGAAGCAUUAUUUUUCAAUAUCUGCCAAUCUCAUGCAGAAAUUGCCUAUAGCAGUGAAUAGAAAUUGUACCAUCUUUAUUGUCUUAAA